AUGAAGAAAGGUUCAAAGAAGAAUGUCGAGAGUUCUUCGAAAUCAUCACCUCCUAAAGUUGUUAAGAAAUCUAAGAAGCACGAACAAAGUGAGCCACCUCCAAUUGUUGCUAAGAAACUAGAAGCAACUCAAGUCAAGGCUAUAGUUUUACCAUCCAAUUCUGGUGUUUUCAAGAAAUUGAAGAAGAAGACUCAUCAAUCAUCUCCUACUUACACAGUUAAAUCUCAAGUUACUCAAAAAUGGGUUAUUUUUAGAGAAGUUCAAGAACCAGUUUCUCCUGCAUCAAAGAAACAAAUAGUAGAGGAUAUGCCCAAACAUGUUUUGAAAAAGAAAAAGAAGAAACUUUGA